AUGGAUUCCCAGCACCGCUCACCGGAAUACAGCUCCCUCCUCCUCGCUGGCCCUCGAGCUGGCCCUCUCAAGCAAGCCCACGCGCGCCUCCUCGUCACCGGCCACGGCCACUCCCUCCCGCUCAUCACCAAGCUGGCCACGCUCGCCGUCGCAGCCGGCGCCGCUCCAUACGCGCACCUCGUCGCCACCUCCCACCCCGCACCCGAUGCAUUCCUCUUCUCAUCCCUCACGCGCGCGGCCGCGCAUCACAGCCUCCCCCGCGCCGCUCUUGCAUUCUACCGCCGCCUCCUCUCCGCCGCGCUCCCCUUCUCCAGCUUCACCUUCACCGCUGCCGCCAAGGCCUGUGCCGACCUGUCCGCCCUCCGAACCGGCAAGGCCAUCCACGCGCACUCCCUCCUCCUCGGAUUCGGAUCCGACCGUUUCGUCCUGACGUCGCUGGUCGUGCUCUACUCCAAAUGCGGCCAGCUAGCUGCUGCACGCAGCCUGUUCGACGCAAUUCGUGAUAGAAGCGUGGUCGCCUGGAACGCGAUGAUUUCUGGGUACGAGCAGAAUGGGCUUGCCGAACGGGGGAUCGAGGUGUAUAAGGAGAUGCUGCUGGCCGAGGUGGUGCCGGAUUCCAUGACAUUUGUAGCCACGCUCUCUGCCUGUGCACAGGCUGGUGCACUGGACUUGGGACGUGAAGUGGAGAGACGUAUUGUUUCUGAAAGAAUGGACGUGAGCGUGUUUCUGGGCUCAGCUCUCGUGAACAUGUAUGCCAGGUGCGGUGCUGUGGACAAGGCUCGCAAGUGGUUCGACAUGCUGCAGGAGCGGAACGUGGUUACGUGGACUUCCAUGAUCGCAGGAUACGGAAUGCACGGACAUGGUCAUGAGGCGAUCAAGCUGUUCCGUUUGAUGAGACGCGAGGGGCCGCCGCCCAAUCAUGUCACCUUUAUUGCUGUUCUAUCUGCAUGUGCGCACGCUGGGUUGGUUAUGGAGGGACGGGAUGCUUUUGCUUGCAUGAAGAGGGUCUAUGGACUGGUCCCUCGUGUCGAGCACUAUUGCUCUAUGGUUGAUAUGUUUGGAAGGGCUGGACUUCUUGACGAAGCAAUGCAAUUUGUACAUGAUUUUAUCCCUGGAGAGCCAGGACCUGAAGUUUGGACGGCAAUACUUGGGGCGUGCAAGAUGCACAAGAAUUUCAAUCUCGGGGUGGAAGUGGCUGAGCGAUUGAUUGCUCUCGAGCCUGAAAAUCCAUCCUACCAUGUUCUGCUUUCUAACAUAUAUGCUCUGUCCGGUAAAAUGCACCAUGUCGAGAAGGUGAGGAAUACCAUGAUCAAGAGAAGAUUGAAGAAGCAGAUAGGAUUCAGCUUGAUUGAGCUCGGAGGUACAUCCCAUUUGUUUCGAAUGGGCGAAAAGUCUCAUCGGCAAACUAGAGAGAUUUACCAGUACUUGGAAGAACUGAUCCAUAGGAUUACUGCUGCUGGCUACAUGCCCGAAACUGAGUCAGUGCUGCAUGAGCUAGAAGAGGAGGAGAGGGAGGGUGCACUUAGAUAUCACAGUGAAAAACUGGCAGUAGCAUAUGGGCUCAUGAUGAGUUCUGGGAGCACCACUCCCAUCAGAGUAAUAAAAAACCUGCGGAUAUGCGGGGAUUGCCAUCUCGCUAUCAAAUUUAUGUCAGCUGCGGAGAACCGAGAGAUCGUUGUCAGGGAUAAGCACCGCUUUCACCAUUUUAAAGAUGGCAAGUGUUCAUGUCUGGAAUAUUGGUGACAAGCUCUCAUCUGCUGUUAGGUACACUUUCCUGGUACUAAUAGCUAUUAACAAAAGAGUUUCUUGGGAUCGAACAACUACAUUCACAUCAACUGGAGUCUUCCAAAUAAUUCCAGUUGAAGUUGUACUGUCGGAAUAUAAGCCCCCCUGCUGUUUGGUUAAAUGUUCAGGAACAGCAAACUUUAGUUACUUUCAGUGUACAAAAAAAUUAAGUGAUCUCCUCUUACAGUUUGUUUGUGCAAAACUCAGCAUCACAGUUUCUACAGCCAGUUUAAUCUGAGCAUCUGUCAAAGCAAUACACGGUUGAACAA